AUGCAAGAACAGGCAGGACUCACUUCCUUUCCCGAUGCUAAGGGGGUCCCCGAACGCGAGAUAUCGUCUGAUCCUCAGCUAAACUUCAAUGGGCUUGGCAGGCUGAAGGGUGUCACCUAUCGCGUCGGUUUCCAGGUUCAGCGUGAGCUGCGCAAUCAAUUCGAACCAUGGCUCAGAGUACCGCCACCUCCAUUUGACUGUAUCGAUCCGAAACUCACGCUACUUGCCCAGUACUAUAAGGCUAAAAUAGAGACGGCAGACGGCCGACAGGUCGCCCAACUCACCUACCGAGUCGUGAAUGGAAAUUAUCUCGAAGAUUUCCAUGAGGAUCUUCAAAUGUCCGAGUAUGGCGGCCAGGAAUUAGAAGAAAUAUUUGCUCUCCUGUACGAAAACGAUGGCCGCUUGCGCGACAGGUGGAUGACCGGCCGAGACGCCGGCACAAAGAUCUUCGGACCAGAGCUGAGUGCCAAGGCUACGAAGGUCGCAGUACUUUCCUGCGUCGACAAGGACCCACGCGGCGACUUUCUCAUGGUACACGAGGAUUUUCGCCGACACGGAAUUGGUCAAUGGGCACUUCAGGCGCUCCUACAAGUGCUCCGUGACGAGGGCGUGAAGGUAGUGCUAACGCGGCCUACCGCUCCUCGCCUUGAGCCGGAGUACAAGGGGACGCCUGUUGAAACGCUGUAUCUGAGACGUAACCUUAGAUUCGCCCGUAAGGCCGGGUUCCGCAGAGUGGGUCUGUCGCCAAUUUUCGCUUACAUGGCCACCGAUUCCAACCACCCCUCACGCCAGUUGCCUGCGGACGGGGACACAGAUCCUGCGAGCCCAUGACGACAUCCUUGGUUUACGGCUUGGCUAGACGACCAUCCCCUCCCUUCAUCUGCUAUCGUGCUUUCGUCUCAGUCGUUCACUUGUAUCGAUGGCAUUCAACUGCCUUCCGUGAGCAAUUGUAACCAUAAAAAAUCGUGUAUCACCGCAGACCCUCCCUUUUCUACUCAGCUCGUUUCGCGAUGUACGGCUUGUUCUGCAGUUACGUCACACCUGCUUGAUUGUUCAUUCUGUCAUCAUGAUCGCGCCCAGACUAGGCCUCACGACUUCCCCGAAUGUCACUGUUGGGAAAAAAGAAAGCCCAUGAUUGGGCAGUCCGCAGCCUUGCCU